UUAAAGACACACACCACCAUGUAAUUGUAUUCCUUGUUGACUUGAAACAUCUCAGCAGAUCUUUCAUCUUCCUUUCCAUAAACCUUUCAACGUCGUCUCUGUUCAUCAGUGUAAUGAAAAAGACACCAUGGGGCAGCGAACUGUGGUGAUGUAUGUAGAGAUUGGUUGUUUUGUGAGCUGUUUAUGUGGCUGGAUUUUGAUUUGUUCUACUAUGGCCACUGAAUACUGGACCUUCUCGGAGGUCGGCUCUGUUAUGCUCACCACCGGUAAUUAUUAUUCAAACCUCUGGAUGGACUGUGUCUCCGAUACCACAGGAGUAUCUGAUUGUAAAUACUACCCUUCUUUGAUGGACCUCUCGGUCUUCCUCCAUGUGAGCAGGGCACUGGCCAUAGUCUCUGUGAUUUUGGGCUUCUGGGCGGCUGUGCUUGCUCUCAUAGGAAUGAAGUGUACCAAAGUUGGAGGCUCUGAGCUCACCAACGCUCGAAUUACAUUUGGAGCAGCGUUGACGUACCUGGUAUCUGGGUUCUGCGGUAUGAUCGUGUACUCCAUGUGGGGAAAUAAAGUGCGCAUAGACUAUUUGGAUCCAUAUUAUCUAGAACAGAAGUUUGAGCUGGGUGCUGCUCUGUUCAUCGGCUGGGGUGGAUCGUGUCUGAUCAUAUGUGCAAGUGCAGUCAUGUGUUAUUUCUCUGGGAGAGAAUCAUUUCCUCAAAGGUUUACUCAGAAAAAACUCAGAAACCCCCCAUCAUACAUGACUGCACGUACCAGACGGACCUUCAUGCUGCCGGGAUACUCGAGACCAGCAACAGUCAUUGUGCCCCCUUCAUACCAAUCAAACAAACAUAACAAAUAUAAACAGAGUGGAGGCCGGAGCGAAUCGCAAGAUAGUCGACCUUCAAAAUUGAUCACACCCUCGCGGCGCCCCAUAGACUCAGCUGUGUGA